UAACACACAAGGGGACGGGUAAUAACCGGAAAAGCAUGACAUGUUUAACUCUGUAUUUGCUGUUAGGGUUAACUGAAGCACAACGGGGGUCUUCAGUCUGACUUCAUUAAAACACGGGACCCUGCAUCUCUGAUUACAUUGCAACCAUUUAUACUCACUGUUCAGAACGUGGUUUGGGUCAGAGAUGAUGUUGGACAGACUCCCUAAGUUAUUAUGGUAUGCUGACUCAUCGAGUCUCUCACAGGGUUGACAACGUUCUUUGAGCAAAUGUUCAGCUGGUGGAGCAGUUUUGAUUUCAAAGCAGUAGACAAGAUAAGAUAAGACUUUAUUUAUCCCGAAGGAAAUUGUUGUGACAAACACUUGAUGCAGAGUGUGUGUUAUGGAUUAGGCUUUAAAGGGACAAUUUUCUAAAUGUAUGAUGUUUUUUUGACUAAGAAAACUAAUUUGUGUAUUUGGUUGGAGAAACAGGAUAGAAUCAGCAUGAAUACUAUGUAUUAUUACAAGUUGUGUGUGAAAGUGUUGAGCUUGUGUGUGUCAUUAAGGAUGUGUGGGUGCUACGAGGCGCUUGAUGGGGGCAACACAGCUGACGCUCUGGUGGAUUUUACCGGCGGGGUGUCUGAGCCGAUGGACUUGACGGAGAACGGGUUUAAAGAAGAUGAAGAGAAGCGCAGCGAGCUGUUUGAGAGAGUCCUGAAGGUCCAUGAAAGAGGAGGUCUCAUCAGCUGCUCCAUCAAGGCAACUACUGCAGCAGACAUGGAGGCCAAGCUGUCCUGCGGCCUGGUGAAGGGCCACGCCUACGCUGUGACAGAUGUGCGCAGGGUGAGGUUGGGCCACGGCCUUAUGGCCUACUUCAGGUCUGACAAACUCACCAUGAUCCGCAUGAGAAACCCCUGGGGAGAGAAAGAGUGGAAUGGACCCUGGAGCGACAGCUCUGAAGAGUGGAAGAAGGUGAGUAAUAAUGAGAGGGAGAAGAUCGGCGUCACUGUGCAGGACGAUGGAGAGUUCUG